UGUGUCAUAYAACGUGGGACUAGAACCGAAAGAUAUUUGUAAUUUCAAGAUGGCGGAAGAAACAGGACAUAAAGUUUGCGAGACUCCAGCUUGUAAUAAACCCGCCAGUUUACAAUGYCCGUCAUGUAUCAAACUUAAUAUUCAAGGAAGCUUCUUUUGCUCUCAGGUAGGAUUUCAUAUGACAUAUAUUGAGCGAAAAAAAUUACAUCUGACUUGCACAGAUUAACAUUUUCGAUAUUUCUAUGAAAGUCAUACACGCACUUUUAUAACUUACUUAAUUUGNAUAAGCAGUUAUAACCCUUGGCCUGAUUAUAGAUUUUCAGGGAAACUUCGUCCAUGGCCACAGAGUGACAUGAGACAGUUACCACCACACAUUGAAAGGCCAGACUAUGCUGAAUCUGGAAUUCCAGUCUCUGAGAUGAAAGCCAAGCAAAGCACUCAAAUCAGAGCAUUGUCAAAAGAAGAAAUUGAAGGAAUGAGAUUAGUUUGCAAGUUAGCAAGAGAGGUCCUUGAUGAAGGUGCUAAAGCAGUCAAAGUUGGGGUGACGACAGAUGAAAUUGACAGAAUUGUUCAUGAGGCAUCUAUUGAAAGAAACUGUUAUCCUUCACCACUAAACUACCAUAAUUUCCCAAAGUCUUGCUGCACGUCUGUCAAUGAAGUGAUAUGCCAUGGUAUUCCUGAUGGACGGCCUUUGGAGGAUGGAGAUAUAGUUAACUUGGACAUAACUUGCUAUCAUGGUGGUUUCCAUGGUGAUUUAAAUGAAACGUUAUUUGUUGGUAAUGUCAGCAAUGAAGCCAAGCAGUUGGUUAAUGUCACACACGAGUGUUUGAUGCAAGCCAUUGAUUUAGUAAAACCUGGAGUAAGGUACAGGGAAGUAGGCAAUGUUAUCCAAAAGCAUGCGCAGUCUCAUGGGUAUUCUGUGGUUAGAAGUUACUGUGGUCAUGGCAUUAAUCAGUUGUUUCACACUGCUCCCAGUGUUCCUCAUUAUGCAAAAAAUAAAGGAGUUGGUGUAAUGAAACCUGGUCAUACUUUUACCAUUGAACCAAUGAUCUCACAAGGGACGUGGAGAGACAACACAUGGCCAGACCGCUGGACGGCUGUCACUCAAGAUGGCAAGCUAUCAGCACAAUUUGAACACACUCUACUAGUAACAGAAACUGGCUGCGAUAUCCUGACGAUACGACAAGCCGAAAAUGGGGCACCUUUUUAUAAAUUACAAAUGUAAAAAUAGACGAUUUAUACUAGUAUGGGCGUUCUCGCACGAUAGACGACGCCCUUUUGUAGCGAAUCGCGAUUCAGAACGGAGUMGGCAGAGAAGCAAGGCAAAAAUUGGUCUUUCUGUGGUAAUGACGUCACGAUGACGUCAUGAUGAUUUAUAGUACAGCGGGACUCAACGUCAUCCAAGAUACGUCAUUACAAUAUAAAGAUCACCAAUUUCUGUCGUGUUCCCUUGCAAGAUGACUCAAGUACAUAUGAGGCAACCUCAAGACUAGUACCCUGUCGCUUCACUCGAUGGUUUAGCUGGGCCGCGUGAUGCAUAAGGGAAGUGUAAAGGACCGUUUCUCUCACUCUCCAUAAACCCUUCAAGCACUGCAAAAGAAAUAGUAAGGCUAGUCACGUGUGGAGGGCCCCUUCUCUCAAGUCGACUCUUGGUCUCGACUCGACCAAGGCUGAAUAGGGUCUGCAUAAUUAGCCUCAAAACUGGAAUAGAAUAAGUGUUUGUUGACAAAUUUUGGAAAAAGUAUAUAUACAGAUAACAUUUGAAAAUCAAGCAUAAAUAUUGGAAAUAUAAUAGUAAACGUUGCUUCUUUGGACUGCAAAAUAUGUUUACUCAGUAUCAGUCGUUCUAAAACCCAAUAUAUCAUGUUUGCGGUGUUGUAGUGAUAAGUGCCUCGAAUUUUUAACGACAAACCUUCAUUUUGAUAUUUUUAAAGUAUUCAGCGAAAAACCUGACAUUUAGCGCGACCUAUAAUAUGGCUAAAAACUGUUAUAAUUGGCCGAUAACAAAACGAAAAGGGGACUGGGUCCGAACUUCAACAUCUAAUUAAAUAAUGGUUCCAGAAAGAAUAACCCCAUCAUGUGAGAUAAAAAGGCUUAGUGACUAAGUUUCAUGAUGUUUGAACUUAUAGCAAUAAAGUUACGGACAUCCAAACCAUGCCAAGAUU